AAUAUCAUUAAAAUCAUGUUUGCCAGUUGGCAAACAUCCUGGUCGCCUACGACAUCGAAAUUUCGGAAAUUUGACUCGCUUUCGUUUCGGUCGACUAGAGCUAGCUCGCUCGGUGAUCCUUUAGUGGAACAGGUGGUGAUGCUGGUGACCACCAUGCUACCAAGAUACGUGCCGGAAGGGGUGCCGCCGCUGCCGCUGACCGACUGGACACGUCGGUCGCCGUCCUGCGACGAGGAGUCCCUGCUCCUCGUCCUGGCCCUGUCCAUUUUAACGCAGCUCCUGCUGGUGGUCUAUUUGGGAUUCGCCUUCUUCCAGCCGUGCUCCCUGCGCCGCCGUCAGCUCAACGAAUGCCAGCGCCGACGCUACGCCAGCUUCAUCUUCCGGCGACUACUCUGGCACCUGGACGAUGCCCUGGGAUUGGGUUCUCGGGUGGAAAACAUACCAGCUGGCGAGCGGCUGGAGCACUGCCUGCGGGUCAGCGAGCAAGUGGCUAAGGCCAUUCAGAUCUUUCGACGCGAUGCCCUCAAGGUGCUGCAUCCCUGUCAGGAUCUGUCAUCCCAUUCGGCCGGUGAUUUGUACUUUGUGCUUGAGGAGGAGGAGCGAGAUCUAACCCAUGCCGGUUAUGGGCUGCCCCAACAGGACACUCAGCCAGACUCCUUCUCCGUGUGCGGAUCCGCGGAUACUGGCACAGAAACAAUCGAGGUCACCGAGGAGCUGUUGAUGUCCCUGCUCUAUCCGGAGCGCUCUGUGGUGGUGGUGACGGAGUGAAGUCCUUCGCUAGCGCUUUUUGUGACUCGAAAGGUCCUUGGUCCUUGUCCAUGGUCCUUUGGAGAUGCGCGCUCAUCAUCGUUGUAGUGGAAGUGAUGCCCCAUCGCCGCCAUCCCAGCGUUCCAGCAAAGCGAAUUUUCAAUUUGAUUUUGUAUAAUAUAUAUUUUUUGGAUUUGUAAAA